GGGGUUGAGGCAAGAUGGCGGCUAAGGUGGCGAAGCUGCGGCGGCGGCGGCUGGAGUGAGCGCCCAGCUCGCCGCGCCGCCGAGCGAGGGCCGGGCGGGAGGGCCGCGCGCCGGGGCCGCGUCCCGGUCGUCCGGCCGUGGGGCGCGCCGGCUCUCACUCCGCCAGCUCCCGGUUGCUUCCUAGAAACAUGGUUGUUUGUUGGACUUGAUCUCACAACCCAGUGAGGACGUCUUUACUGAUAAUGUCAAGUUCAGGUUACCCUCCCAACCAAGGAGCUUUCAGCACAGAGCAAAGUCGUUAUCCUUCUGUCCAGUAUACCUUUCCCAGUACCCGACACCAGCAGGAAUUUGCAGUUCCUGACUACCGCUCUUCUCAUAUCGAAGUUAGUCAGGCAUCACAGCUUUUACAGCAGCAGCAACAGCAGCAGCAGCAGCAGCAGCAGCAGCAGCAGCUUCGCAGACGACCUUCCUUGCUUUCAGAAUUUCACCCGGGUUCUGACAGGCCUCAAGAAAGAAGAACUGGAUAUGAACAGUUUCACUCAGGACCCUCACCGGUGGAUCAUGAUUCCUUGGAGUCCAAGCGCCCACGCCUGGAGCCGGUUUCUGAUGCCCAUUUCCAGCGUGUUAGUGCUGCGGUUUUACCUUUAGUUCACUCACUGCCAGAAGGCUUGAGGUCGUCUGCAGAUGCUAAGAAGGAUUCAGCAUUUGGAGGCAAACAUGAAGCUCCAUCCUCUCCAUUGGCUGGGCAACCAUGUGGAGAUGAUCAAAAUGCUUCACCUUCAAAGCUUUCAAAGGAAGAGUUAAUACAGAGUAUGGACCGGGUAGACCGAGAGAUUGCAAAAGUAGAGCAGCAGAUCCUUAAAUUGAAAAAGAAACAACAACAGCUAGAAGAAGAAGCAGCUAAGCCCCCUGAGCCAGAGAAGCCUGUGUCCCCUCCUCCUGUGGAACAAAAACACCGUAGUAUUGUUCAAAUUAUUUAUGAUGAGAAUCGGAAAAAAGCAGAAGAAGCUCAUAAAAUAUUUGAAGGUCUUGGCCCAAAAGUUGAACUGCCACUCUAUAACCAGCCAUCAGAUACCAAGGUGUACCAUGAGAACAUCAAGACAAACCAGGUGAUGAGGAAAAAACUCAUUUUAUUUUUUAAAAGAAGAAAUCAUGCAAGAAAACAAAGGGAACAAAAAAUCUGCCAGCGUUAUGAUCAGCUCAUGGAAGCGUGGGAGAAAAAAGUGGACAGAAUAGAAAAUAAUCCUCGGAGGAAAGCAAAAGAAAGCAAAACGAGGGAAUACUAUGAGAAGCAGUUUCCAGAAAUUCGAAAACAAAGAGAACAGCAAGAAAGAUUUCAGCGAGUUGGUCAGAGGGGAGCUGGUCUUUCAGCCACCAUUGCUAGGAGUGAGCAUGAGAUUUCUGAAAUUAUUGAUGGUCUUUCUGAGCAGGAGAAUAAUGAGAAGCAAAUGCGACAGCUUUCUGUGAUCCCACCUAUGAUGUUUGAUGCAGAGCAGAGAAGGGUCAAAUUCAUCAAUAUGAAUGGGCUGAUGGGGGAGCCAAUGAAGGUUUAUAAAGACAGACAGUUUAUGAAUGUUUGGACUGACCAUGAAAAGGAGAUCUUUAAGGACAAGUUUAUCCAGCAUCCAAAAAACUUUGGACUAAUUGCAUCCUAUUUGGAAAGGAAGAGUGUUCCUGAUUGUGUUUUAUAUUACUAUUUAACCAAGAAAAAUGAGAAUUAUAAGGCCCUUGUGAGAAGGAAUUAUGGAAAACGCAGAGGCAGAAAUCAGCAGAUUGCCCGUCCCUCACAAGAAGAAAAAGUAGAAGAAAAAGAAGAGGAUAAAGCAGAAAAAAUAGAGAAAAAGGAAGAAGAAAAGAAGGAUGAUGAAGAAAAAGAUGAGAAGGAAGACUCUAAAGAAACAACCAAAGAAAAGGACAGAACAGAAGCCACAACAGAAGAAACUGAAGAAAAAGAACAGGUCACUCCAAGGGGGCGAAAGACUGCUAAUAGCCAAGGGCGCCGGAAGGGCCGGAUCACCAGGUCGAUGACAAGUGAAGCUGCAGCUGCCAGUGCUGCUGCUGCAGCCACUGAGGAGCCCCCGCCACCCCUGCCGCCACCUCCGGAGCCCAUUUCUACAGAACCUGUUGAGACUUCAAGAUGGACAGAAGAAGAAAUGGAAGUUGCUAAAAAAGGCCUGGUAGAACAUGGUCGUAACUGGGCAGCCAUUGCCAAAAUGGUGGGAACGAAAAGUGAAGCCCAGUGUAAAAACUUCUAUUUUAACUAUAAAAGACGGCAUAAUCUUGACAACCUUUUGCAGCAACACAAACAGAAAGCUUCACGGAAACCCCGUGAGGAAAGAGAUGUGUCUCAGUGUGAAAGUGUUGCUUCUACUGUUUCUGCCCAAGAGGAUGAAGAUAUUGAAGCCUCAAAUGAGGAGGAAAAUCCAGAAGAUAGUGAAGGUGCUGAAAAUAGUUCUGAUACAGAAAGUGCUCCCUCUCCUUCACCAGUUGAAGCUGCCAAGUCCAGUGAAGACAGCAGUGACAAUGCUGCUUCUCGAGGAAACACCGAGCCUGUGGCUGAGCUUGAGGCCACCACUGACCCUGCACCCUGUGCAUCUCCCUCUUCAGCAGUUCCCACCACAAAACCAGCAGAAAGGGAAAGCGUGGAGGCCCAGGUGACCGACAGCGCCAGUGCCGAGACCGCAGAGCCGAUGGAUGUAGACCGUGAGGAGUGCGGUGCCGAGGGCAGUUCUGUUCUUGAUCCACCAGCCCCUACCAAAGCCGACUCCGUGGACCCAGAAAUGCAGGUACCAGAAAAUACUGCGUCUAAAGGUGAAGGGGAUGCCAAGGAAAGAGACUUGGAGAGCACCAGUGAGAAGACAGAGGCUAGAGACGAAGACGGGGUAGUGGCUGAGCAGAUCCAGAGGCCUGAACCACAGUCAGACAACGACUCCAGUGCCACUUGCAGUGCAGAUGAGGAUGUGGACGGAGAGCCAGAGAGGCAGAGAGUGUUCCCCAUGGAUGCGAAGCCUUCAUUGUUAAACCCUCCCGGGUCUAUCCUAAUCUCACCCCCUAUUAAACCAAACCCGUUGGAUCUGCCGCAGCUUCAGCACCGCGCUGCUGUUAUCCCACCAAUGGUAAGUGCCAGUGUUAUCUUGUUUUUAGCAUAUAGAUGGAUCUGCCCUUGGAUGGUGUGGGCCUGGUCCUUUCACACUAUUUUAAUUUGGGGUUCUUCCCUUAUUGUGAUAACUUUAACUUUCAUAGGAAAAUCAGUCGCCUAUAUGCCUUAUGCUGAGGUCAAACGUGCUCUAGAACAGGAAGCACAGAUGCACAGUACUGCAGCAAGGUCAGCCUCACCGUGUAGGCUCUCUCCAAGAGAAGUCAGUAAAGCCGCCUCCCAGCCUGAUGUGAGUGCAGCCCGCUGUAGUGUCCCUCCAGUCCUCCAACCUGCUCCGCAUCAAGUGAUAACUAACCUUCCUGAAGGGGUUCGGCUUCCAACAACACGACCAACCAGGCCACCACCUCCCCUCAUCCCAUCUUCGAAAUCCACAGUGGCGUCAGAAAAACCAUCCUUUAUAAUGGGAGGGUCCAUCUCACAGGGAACUCCUGGCACUUACUUGUCUUCUCAUAAUCAGGCUUAUACUCAAGAAGCAUCUAAGCCCUCCGUGGGGUCUAUCUCUCUUGGAUUGCCCCGGCAGCAGGAAUCUACCAAAUCAGCUCCUUUGACCUACAUCAAGCAGGAAGAAUUUUCUCCGAGAAGCCAAAACUCACAACCUGAGGGUUUAUUGGUCAGAGCGCAGCAUGAAGGUGUGGUCAGAGGCACUGCAGGGGCUGUCCAAGAAGGAAGUAUAACUCGGGGAACUCCAGCCAGCAAAAUCUCAGUGGAGACCAUUUCAUCAUUGCGGGGCUCUAUUACCCAGGGGACCCCAGCUCUGCCCCAGGCUGGCAUACCAACAGAGGCUUUGGUGAAGGGACCUGUCUCCAGGAUGCCUAUUGAAGAAAGCAGUCCUGAGAAGGUCAGAGAGGAAGCUGCAUCCAAAGGCCAUGUUAUCUAUGAAGGCAAAAGUGGACAUAUCUUAUCAUAUGAUAAUAUUAAGAAUGCCCGAGAAGGGACUCGGAGUCCAAGAACAGCUCAUGAAAUGAGUUUAAAAAGAAGCUAUGAGGCAGUGGAAGGAAGUAUAAAGCAAGGCAUGUCGAUGAGGGAGUCUCCCGUGUCAGCACCUUUAGAGGGUCUGAUAUGCCGAGCAUUACCCAGGGGGAGCCCUCAUUCUGACCUCAAAGAGAGGACUGUGCUGUCUGGUUCCAUAAUGCAGGGCACACCAAGAGCAACAGCUGAAAGCUUUGAAGAUGGCCUUAAAUACCCAAAACAGAUAAAAAGGGAAAGCCCUCCCAUCCGAGCAUUUGAAGGUGCCAUUACCAAAGGAAAACCAUAUGAUGGUAUCACCACCAUCAAAGAAAUGGGACGUUCCAUUCAUGAAAUUCCACGGCAAGAUAUUCUAACUCAGGAAAGCCGAAAAACUCCAGAAGUAAUCCAGACCACGAGGCCAAUAAUUGAGGGUUCCAUUUCCCAGGGCACACCAAUAAAAUUUGACAACAACUCAGGUCAAUCAGCUAUCAAACACAAUGUGAAGUCCUUAAUCACAGGGCCUAGCAAACUACCCCGUGGAAUGCUGGAAAUUGUACCAGAGAACAUAAAAGUAGUAGACCGGGGAAAAUAUGAGGAUGUGAAAGCAGGCGAGCCAGUGCGAGCCCGGCACACGUCAGUGGUGAGCUCUGGCCCCUCCGUUCUCAGGUCUACACUUCAUGAAGCUCCCAAAGCACAGCUGAGCCCAGGACUCUAUGAUGACAGCAGUGCUCGCAGGACCCCUGUGAGUUACCAGAACACCAUAUCCAGAGGCUCCCCGAUGAACAGAACUUCUGAUGUUUCUUCCAGCAAGUCUACCAGCCAUGAAAGGAAAUCAACUCUGACCCCAACCCAAAGAGAAAGUAUACCAGCCAAGUCUCCAGUGCCCGGCGUGGAUCCUGUCGUGAGUCACAGCCCAUUUGAUCCCCAUCAUAGGAGUAGCGCCGCAGGAGAGGUUUAUCGGAGCCACCUACCCACGCACUUGGAUCCAGCCAUGCCCUUUCACAGGGCUUUGGAUCCUGCUGCUGCUUACCUGUUACAGAGACAGCUUUCACCAACUCCAGGAUACCCAAGUCAGUACCAGCUCUAUGCAAUGGAGAACACAAGACAGACAAUCCUCAAUGAUUACAUUACCUCACAGCAGAUGCAAGUGAAUCUGCGCCCUGAUGUCACCAGGGGACUGUCCCCAAGAGAACAGCCACUGGGUCUCCCUUAUCCAGCUACAAGAGGAAUCAUUGACCUGACCAAUAUGCCUCCAACAAUUUUAGUGCCUCACGCAGGGGGAACGAGCACCCCUCCCAUGGACAGAAUCACAUAUAUUCCUGGCACUCAGAUUACUUUCCCUCCCAGGCCAUAUAACGCUGCUUCUUUGUCUCCAGGACACCCAACACACCUUGCAGCAGCUGCAAGUGCUGAGAGGGAACGAGAGCGGGAAAGGGAGAAGGAGCGUGAGCGCGAACGUGAGCGCGAAAGGAUCACUGCUGCUCCCGCUGACCUCUACCUUCGACCAGGUUCAGAACAGCCAGGCCGCCCUGGCAGCCAUGGAUACGUUCGCUCCCCUUCCCCUUCAGUAAGAACUCAGGAGACCGUGCUGCAACAGAGACCCAGUGUUUUCCAGGGAACCAAUGGAACCAGUGUAAUCACACCUUUGGAUCCAACUGCUCAGCUACGAAUCAUGCCACUGCCUUCUGGGGGCCCUUCCAUAAGUCAAGGCCUGCCAGCCUCCCGUUACAACACUGCUGCGGAUGCCCUGGCUGCUCUUGUGGAUGCUGCAGCUUCUGCACCCCAGAUGGAUGUUUCCAAAUCAAAAGAGAGUAAGCAUGAAGCUGCCAGGUUAGAAGAAAAUUUGAGAAGCAGGUCAGCAGCAGUUAGUGAACAGCAGCAGCUAGAGCAGAAAAACCUGGAGGUGGAGAAGAGAUCUGUUCAGUGUGUGUGCACUUCUUCAGCCCUUCCAAGUGGCAAGCCCCAGCCUCAUGCCUCAGUAGUGUAUUCUGAGGCUGGGAAAGAUAAAGGGCCUCCUCCAAAAUCCAGAUAUGAGGAAGAGCUAAGGACCCGAGGGAAGACUACCAUUACUGCAGCUAACUUCAUAGACGUGAUCAUCACCCGGCAAAUUGCCUCGGACAAGGAUGCGAGGGAACGUGGCUCUCAAAGUUCAGACUCUUCUAGUAGCUUGUCUUCUCACAGGUAUGAAACACCUAGUGAUGCUAUUGAGGUGAUAAGCCCUGCCAGCUCACCUGCACCACCCCAGGAAAAGCCACAGGCCUAUCAGCCAGAGAUGGUUAAGGCAAAUCAAGCAGAAAAUGAGUCCACUCGACAGUAUGAAGGACCACUGCAUCAUUAUCGGUCCCAGCAGGAAUCACCAUCUCCACAGCAACAGCCACCACUGCCCCCAUCUUCCCAGUCAGAGGGAAUGGGACAGGUGCCCAGGACCCAUCGCCUCAUCACACUUGCUGACCACAUCUGUCAAAUUAUCACACAAGAUUUUGCUAGAAAUCAAGUUCCCUCGCAGCCUUCUACUUCUACAUUCCAAACGUCACCGUCUGCUUUGUCAUCCACACCUGUAAGAACUAAAACCUCAAGUCGCUACAGCCCAGAGCCACAGUCUCAGACUGUCUUGCAUCCCAGACCAGGUCCUAGAGUCUCUCCAGAAAAUCUUGUGGAUAAAUCCCGGGGAAGCAGGCCUGGAAAAUCUCCAGAGAGGAGUCAUAUCCCGUCAGAGCCCUAUGAGCCCAUCUCCCCACCCCAAGGCCCUGCUGUGCAUGAGAAGCAGGACAGCAUGUUGCUUUUGUCACAGAGGGGAGUGGACCCUGCCGAGCAAAGGAGUGAUUCUCGAUCACCAGGAAGUAUAAGCUACUUGCCUUCAUUCUUCACCAAGCUUGAAAGCACAUCACCCAUGGUUAAAUCAAAGAAGCAGGAAAUUUUUCGUAAGUUGAACUCUUCUGGUGGAGGUGACUCUGAUAUGGCAGCUGCUCAGCCAGGAACAGAGAUCUUCAAUCUGCCAGCAGUUACUACAUCAGGUGCAGUGAGCUCAAGAAGCCAUUCUUUUGCUGAUCCUGCCAGUAAUCUUGGUCUAGAAGACAUCAUCAGAAAGGCUCUCAUGGGAAGUUUCGAUGAUAAAGUUGAAGAUCAUGGUGUUGUCAUGCCCCAUCCUGUGGGCAUUGUGCCUGGUAGUGCCAGCACCUCAGUUGUGACUAGCAGUGAGACACGGAGAGAUGAAGGGGACCCAUCACCUCAUGCAGGAGUAUGCAAACCAAAGCUGAUAAACAAAUCAAACAGCAGGAAGUCUAAAUCUCCUAUUCCUGGACAAAGCUACUUAGGAACUGAAAGGCCUUCUUCUGUCUCCUCUGUACAUUCAGAAGGUGAUUACCACAGGCAGACACCAGGAUGGGCAUGGGAAGACAGGCCCUCUUCAACAGGUUCUACUCAGUUCCCUUACAACCCUCUAACCAUACGGAUGCUCAGCAGUACACCGCCUACACCGAUCGCAUGCGCCCCAUCUGCCAUUACCCAAGCAGCUCCGCAUCAACAGAACCGCAUCUGGGAGAGGGAACCUGCCCCGCUCCUCUCAGCACAGUAUGAGACACUGUCUGAUAGUGACGACUGAGCUGUGCGUAGGAGAGCCCUCUGGCUUUGGUUUUUAUUGAAGAUUAACAAAAAACAAAAAAACAAAAAAAAAUUAAUCUGCCCUCCCAUGAUUUGUGCCCAGAGACUUCUCAGGAGAGCCAGGGCCAUGAAUGAGGAAGAAAUGAUGGAAAUUCAUUUGGAAAAUCAAAUGGGAAAAAAAAAAAACAAAAAAAUCUGCCUCUAAUACAGGCACUUCAAUGGAUUAUAACAGUGGAGGGUUGAAGUGUAGAGUUUUUUUUUAAAGUGGACAAUUCUUGUUCUUACAUCUGUUUGUAAAGAAAACCAUGAUGUCUUUAAAUCAAUCUUCUGUAAAUAGAUGACCUUUUUGCAGUGUAUCCCCUUGCUGUAGUAUCUGGUGUACUUAAAUUUAAAUCAGCGAAUCAACUGGGGGUAAUUUUUAAAAUUCUUUGUGUAUCUUUUUAACCCCAGCCUCAAAACAACCUCACACAGUCCAGUUUCGCAGUGCUGGCUGUCAUGGGCAUUGUUCUUUUGUUUCCUCCAAAUUCAGCUUUCCCAGUGAUGUUUAAAUCUUGUGGAAAUAUUUAGGUUUUUAACACAUACCCUGUCAUAAAGCCUGUAUGAGGUCAGAAGACAGGAGCAACACAACUGUCAUAUUGUGAGUUCCAGUGCAGGCUUGGCUUUCAUUGGUAGCACUGAAAAAAAUUACUGCAUGGGUAUGUUAUAGUUGAGUUUUAAAGUUUAAAGGCUUUUUUGCAGCAUACCUCAAUGUUUAUGCACACUGGUAAUUUAACCACGCCCCUGAGUAUUCUUCUGCAUCUGAUGCAGCCCGACAAAGCUUCUGUUCUGAAAUAAAUUUUGACUAUCCUGUCCAUA